AUGGCUUUACAUACGAUCGUCGACAGCUCUGUGCUGGUUAUCCUAUCUACAGUGGUUCUACCGACCUUACAGCACACACUGCCCUCCGACGUCACAUAUAAUGCCGGUGUUGUCGAAUUCGUACCGCCGCCGGGCGAAGGUGAACCGAAAGCGCGCGAGGGGCUAAGACGUGUAAAACGUAUUAUUGAGUCGAAUGCCACACGUGACUUGGAUGUACUGGUAUUCCCCGAAUAUGUGCUGAACGACUACUCCUUACUGACGUAUGUGCCCGAUCCAGCGCUGAACAUUACACCCUGUGACACACCCGAUUACGACUUUAUCACAGAACUAUCUUGUGCGGCGCGUUCGCGUCAACUCUACUUGGUGAUACAUGUGAAGGAGAAGGUCUUCUGCGCUAAUGAUGCACAAUUCGUGGGCCACUGUAAUGUGAGUGGCAUAAAUACGUAUAGCGCUAAUGUGGUAUUCGACCGUCAGGGACGUGUCAUAUCGCGUUAUCGCAAAACAAAUCUCUUCCGUUAUGAAUGGUAUAGUGUGAAUGUGUUGCCCGAACCGCAGUUGGCGACAUUUACUACCGACUUUGGCGUUACUUUUGGUCACUUUAUAGGUGCCGAUUUUCUUUUCUGGCAACCAGCACAAGCACUCGUUAAGCGUCUCGGUAUCACGGACAUUAUCUAUGCCACAUAUUGGUUUAAUGAGUUGCCCUUUCUCACCGGCGUACAGUUGCAAGAGGGUUGGGCUUAUGCCAACGACGUUAAUCUUCUAGCAGCUUGUGCGAGUAAUCCAAGUGAUCAAAAUAGCGGCUCAGGCAUUUAUGCCGGACGUUUAGGGCGUCUCACGGCGGUAAUAUCUGAAGAGCUUCACACACAAGUGCUCAUCACUAAAGUGCCUAAGCGUGCGCAUCGACGCCAGGAACAAGCACCACCUGUAAUGCCAGCCACAUUGGCGCCGCCAACCCCGACGCCCCGUCUGACCAAACUCGACCUACAGCGUGAUUACAAUGUUGAUAUAUUCAAAACCCGUCUGCUCACAGUAAACUUCACAGCGGCGAGCGAGACUCUCUGCUACGACAGUCAGUUCUGUUGUCAUUUUCAGGCAGAGCGCGCGAAUUGGAGGAGGUCAGCCGAUCAUAUUGCAUACCGCUACCGAAUGGUGGCCUACAGCGGCCCACAUACGACUGUUCAACGCUUGGAAACGGCGCAUUUGAAAAUAUGUGCCGUAAUUGCCUGUACUAAUAACGAGCUCUACAGUUGUGGACACAUCUUUCCGACGGGUGUGACAGUUGGCUAUCCCUAUUAUUUCAGCUCAUUGCAGAUAAGCGCUUCAUUUAUGCAUGCGCCGAAACGUCUCAUCAUGCCGACUAGUGUAGAUGGCGCCUUGUUGCCGUUGCCGGUGCAUUCGUUUGAGUGGCAGGAGCGCGAGAGACCUAAUACCACUGACGUAACCAUAAGGCUGCUGUCGCCGAAGUUGGAUUUGCUAACUUUUGGUAUUUGGAGCAACUAUUUUCUGGAGAAAGUAAGUCAACACAAUUUGGAUCCGGUGCGGAGGCCAACUCAGCGGUCGAGCUCAGCUGCCGCUACUGUCGUUGUAAACUAUUCGCUCUUAAUAACGGUAUUGAUAUUGCUUGUACCAUUUGUCCAGUGUUUCCGGCACUAAAUGUAAAUGUAAAAUAAGAACAUUGAGGAAA